AGUUGCUGCACUGUAUGGAGACCGGGUUGUAGCUACUUCUUAUGUUUCAUUUUUGCUUUAAAUCUCAACUUUUAAAAGAUUCUAACGACUAAUUCUCGUCACCGAGUGACUUAUACACCACAAGUUACAUAGGAGAGACUUGUCGGCCAUGUCCCCUUGGUAGGAGUCCCGUUGGCCGGUGUUCGGGCUGCAGCGGAGCCUCUUUGUCUGACAGCAGCAGGCGUGCUCCUUUGUUAGCUUCCCACCACCGGGGGAAAGAGGCAACCGCUGUUGCCCUAGGGAUUUCACAACCCCCUACAAGUCUGCAUUGUGUAGAAAAUGCAGAAAAAGUACCUGGCAGACGGGCUGAUUCAGUUGACGAUCCUGCUGAGCUUCAUCGGGGUGCGGGUGGACCUCGACAGCUACCUGAGCGGCUACUACCAGCCGCCUCCGGCGGACAUCAACCUGGGUGCCAGCUCCGCGUACGUGCAGACGCCCUUCCACCUGCUGAGGGACACGCUCGACGGCUACGGCGUGCACCCCAAAUGCCCCGAGCUGGACCACUUCUUCGCCAGCCGGCGGCUGCUGCACGAGGUGCGGCGGCUCGGCUCGCCGCGCUUCCCCACGCGGCUCAGCGCCUGGCUGGUGCACCAGGUCUCCGAGGCCGGGCCCCCGGCCAGCAACCACAGCACCGCCGCCGGCGGGCUGCACGGGCUGCAGGGGCCCGGGGACGGACCCGGGGAUGAUGACACCGAGGGAGGCCGAGCCCCAGACCCCGGGCCGGGACACGGGCCUGGUGGCGCUGACGCCCCGGUGCUUCCUCUGGAGGAAGAUGAAGUAAAAAUUAAAGAGGAAGAGGAACCUGUUUCAGUAACUCAGCUGACUCACAGUUCCACACUGGAACAAGAGAAUCUGCUUGGAGGCAUCACUGCACUGUCUAAUCCAACACAUGACCAUCCUCCACUUCCAUCCACUGAUAUUGACUGGACCAAUUUACUCUACGUCUCAGGCUUUGAUGACUUGGAUUCUCUUGUUUCUGACCGUCUGCCAGACCUCGACACUGACAUCACAAACGCCAUCAGCCAGGAUGUCAGUUUACAUGAUGCCAUGAUAACCGGCACUGGAGUGUUUGAAGCUUCUGGGAGAACCGGGUCGAGGACACUCGCCCAACAGCAAAGAACCCUUCUGCGACUUGAAUCCACCGGCUCCUCCCACUCAAACACUUCAUCAGGGAUGGCUUCAGGCUCUACUGCGCUCCCUUUUGCUGCAGUAUGUAACUUCACUGGAGAUGUGACACCACAAAGUGCACUGGGUGGCUGUCUGGACGAGGCAGUGUUUGACCAAAUCAAUCAGUUGGGUUUGGGAUGCCUAGACCCAAUCGACGACCAGCUGAUGAGUUCUUGGGCGUGCAUAGACCCACGGGUCCUUGAGGACUUGGACUCGGAUUCUGGUCUCUCCUUGGAAAGCAGCUCUGGAGGUCCAGCGUCUCCAGGCUCUUCUGAGAUGUCAUCAUCGUCAUCAAGUUCCUACUGUGAGGACGACUGCGGAGCCACAGGCUACAGCAGUGAGGUGGAAUCGGUCACCUCAAAAGUCAUACUGAACCACAACUCGAGCUGGUCACCUGUUGAUCUGAGCGACAGCGUGUGGCAUGACCACAGCUACUCGUCUCCCGCUCUUCUCAGUAAGGCAUCGUUGAAAUUGCCCCACAUAAAAGAGCCUCUCAGCGACGACUACGGGGAGGACUUUGAGGACCGGGAGCUGAGCCGUGAUGAGCUGCGAGCUCGUGCCAUGUGCAUUCCAUUCUCCGCCUUCCAGAUCGUCAACAUGCCAGUGGAGGAGUUCAUGGAGGUUCUUGACACUCACGGCUUCUCCGCGGAGCAGGUGACCCUCCUGAGGGACAUUCGCAGACGUGGGAAAAAUAAAUUGGCAGCUCAAAACUGUCGCAAGCGCAAACUAGAUGCUAUCACAGGGCUCCAGGAGGAGGUGGAAAGGUUGCAAGCUCAGAGAGACAGACUGCUGAGAGAGAAACAACUUACAGCCAAGACUAUGGGCGCUGUUGGCCAACAAAUAAAGCAGCUGACCAGGGACGUCCUGGCGCGGCUGAGGGAUGAUUCAGGACGGCCCCUAAACCCAGAGAGAUUCACCCUGCAGUGCGGGGCUAAUGGGAGAGUUGUAGUUCAGCCCUUAACACGGCCUGCUGUCAGCACAUCAGCUGGAAACAAAACGGACAAGAGAAAGAAGGAAAAAAAGCAAUGAUUUCCUUUAUUUCCACCCAAGACUCGACCUUUCAGUUUUCUGGAAUAUCACUGAACCUGUUUACCUGACUCAGGGUUUGGGGUCUCUCCUUUUGUAAAAAAAAAAUAAAUAAAAAAAAAGAUGUGUAUGGAUUUGCCACAGUUGGAAGUUUAAUUUGGAAGAAGCUGCAAAAAGAAGAGACACUCAGAAUACGAGUGAAAAGAAUAUCUGUACAUAUUGUGAGCACCGUAGCUUUCACACUGGACAUUCUUUGCUUUACAGAUGGACAAAGAUGAUGGGAUCAUUAUGGCCCUAAAUUUUAGGGGGAAUAGCUUAGCUACUGGCAACUGUACCAGUCUCUGUUUGUGCCUGAUAAGAUAUAAGACUCUGACUUUUAAUGUUAAGUGUGACAGUUACUGGAUAGAGACCUAAGAAGAGUGAGUUCUGUUUGUUUGUUUGUUUGUUUGUUUGUAUCUUUGCCUUUCUUUACAUUUAUUUGGUAGAUGCAGAUUAAAGAUUGUAUUUAUUAUAGUUUAUUGGGUGUUUGAAGUGCUUAUAUACACUGUUGAGGACAGUGUGGUUUUUCAAAAUGGUAACUGAAAAUAUAAAUGAUUAAAAAAAUUGGGCCAUCACUCAUCUAAUGUUUACACAGUUUCAAAUGUUCAAGGGCAAAUACUAUUGAAUUAUUGGGGAGGAGGUCUUUUUUUUUCUCUCACAUGUUUGAAUGACAUGCAGAAUACCAAUGAUAAAAAUGAAAUGGUGUUGAUUUGCUUAUAAGAAAAAGUGUUUUGAGUCUAUUUCUCUUUUCUUUUGGUGGUGAGGAGCUGAUGCAAAGUGUGACGCAAAACUAAAAUAUCAAUCUUCCAGAAAAAAAAGAACCUUGGCUAGGUUAUCUUGUUUCUUUUCAUUAUUAAUGGUUAAUAGUUGAGUUUACAUGUUAACCAGAGGGUGGUAUCUUACAAUGAUCAGAUUGCUUUAUAUGAUCAAUUGUGAGGGAGUGAGAAAUUGAUUUUAGUGUGAAUGAAAAAGAAUGUGAUUAAGCACAAUCUGACUUUACCCCUUUCAUUUCAAAUAAGUUUGUACUUUUUUUUGUUAAUAUCAUUCUACCUCAUGUUCAAUUUUUUCUAAGGCUAAAUUUAAAAAGAAAACAAGUUUGACAUGGAUUUUGACAUUAAAAAUCCAUCAAAAUUAAUGCAAACCUAAAUUGGUAUCAAAUUGCUAAAAAACAAAUAAGGUCAGAUGACAUUUUAUGUUUUAUUUGAGAUGAGCAUUAAAUUAAUGCAGGUAAUCAGAGGUUACCAAAUGAUUCAUGUUUGACCUUUUGACACUGAGGGAAUGCAGUAACUAAAGAGUGUGAAGUAGUCAUAAGUGACUCAAAAUGUUCUUUUAAUUCUUUGUCCUGGUUUUACUGAGUUUACUUUGCUGUUUCUAUAACUUCGACAAAUGUCUUUAUGUUGCUUAUGGUGCAUUUGUUAGAUAAAAUGGUGAUUUCUGAAAGUAUGGUUUUUCCUAAAGAAUUUGAGAUUGUUUGCAGAUGUUCUUUUGAUUAAAAACAAACAAACAAAACCCAACAAAUUACUG